AUGAAAUGGACUGGGGAUCCCGCGGAAGGGGCAGGAUCUGGACAAGCUCCCCAGCUCCAGGAUCCCGAGGGCGCAGCCGUCCGUACGGCGCGCCCGUGCUGUGGGCCGUGGCCGCCAGGUGGCGCCCUGACGUCUGCUUGGGCGGCCCCGGGCGUUCACCUCCCGCAGCUCCCGGGCAGGGCGGCCGCCCACACGGUGCCCACGGGGAAGCGCCUGGCGCAUGCCCCGUGGAGAAGACCCGCCCCGAACGCGGAGGCUCCAAUUGCUUUUGGCCCCAAAGCCCCAGGACAGGGCCGGAGGGACCUAGGUCGCGGGGAGGACAUGGCAGGAUCCUCGCCUUCGCCUUGUAGCUCGCAGCCCCGCACCUCCCGCGGGGUGACGGGGCGGAAGAAAAAGAGGACUCCAGGAACCAUGGAGGGACUGCUCCCUGGACCAGUUCAUGGAAAAGCAUAUCUGUGCAGUACAAAGAGGUGGAUUGAAGCAGCCGUGAGAAUGUGCCUCUCAGGUCUCCAUCUGCAGGGAGUGUGCUGGGCCAGUGCUCAGAGAGCCAUCACACCCUCCCACAGGCUGCUCCCAGAGAACGACGGAGCACCAUGGGACACUGAGGCAGGCCUGCACCCAGGUGGUGUAGGACUCCUCUGAGAAGCAGUGUUGGCUCAAGGACUCCGCAUUAAUGUUUCCAAAACUUUCUCAGAAUUGUGCCGCACUGUGGGAUUCUUCCAGUCUCCCUGCAGGUGUUAGACCUGCAUCACAGCCUGAUGCUCUCCCAGCCUCCACAAGCUUCCUCCCCAUUUUUCCUUCCAGGCUUUUUCCCGGUAAAUCUCUUGACAUCUAACCCAAUCUUGGCAUCUGCUUCUUGGAAGGCCUGAACUAACACAAGCUACUGCUAUUGUGUAUAAAACUGAGUUCUGAGCUUCCUGGAAGUCAAAGGAAAAAUAUUGUAUUAUCA